CAAACACGCCCUUACUACUCUCAUUCACUCUUUCUCUCUCUUCCGAACUCUGCUCUCUAUCUCUCUCUCUCUACAACAAUAUCGUCGUAUAGAUCUUGUUCGGCAGCGCAAAUCUAGGGGAAUUCAUCUCAACUGAAGAAUCCUUAAACUUCUUAUACUUCAUCAUCGUCAACUCCUCUCGAUCUUCCUAGAUAACCUGAAAGCUUUGAUCCAGUUUUCGAUGAUAUUUGAAUUGAAGAAUUGAAUCAAAAUGCCUUGGACGUCAUCUCUUUCAACUUACUGCAGUAAAUGUGUUCGUUUGGUGGUUUUCUUUCGCGUUAUUCUGUAAUUUGAUUCAUAUUGGAGGUUUUUGUAGGGUGAAGAAUUCGAUUUGUUUGCCUUUUCUUUCUCUCUUUGAAUCUUAAAAAGCUGGUUGGAGGCUCGAGGAUGUUCAUUGCGAUAACCAUUAAAAGAUAUCGAGCAGUUAAAGAAGUCGGAAAAAUUAAAAUGAGUGUGGGGGUCAUUGCUUAUUACCAACUGAUGCAAGUUUGCCAGGCUGAGUAUUUCCGUCAAUUGCUUAAACCUGUGACGUAGUCUGUUUGUAACCCUCGGACUUUGGGAUUUGGGACGGACUGCCCUCUGGUUUUGUUUAUACGUAAGAAGACCUUAUAGUAUUUGGCUUUACUGUACCUGAGUGGCAAUAACUUCUUCAUUCAUUGCAUAGUCUUGUGAUCGCGUUAAGAACCUUGUUCCAGUUGAAACCUAAUAAUUGUCUACUCAAAAAGCUGAAAACCCAACGUUCAUCUACUAAUUGAAUCCUGAUGCAGCGCAACCACCAAUUUUACCCUGAAAAAAAGGCACCUCCCCUUGAAUAUCAAGCGGGUAAUAAUGAAAUGCAUGUUCCAGUUGCAUCUGCUUUUGGGGCGGCUUUACCUCCUGGUGGUAACCACCUGAAACAUUUUCAUGGCGUUGAGUUUCAGCCCUCUGAGGUCUGCCCCAAGAAUUUCAUUAUAUUUGAUCAGACUGAUCAUCGCAGUCAAAUUAUGUUCCACCCUGCUAUUGCCCACAAAUUUGGUAGUCCUGCUUUAAACAUGGGCUCAGCUUAUGUCCAGGAUUAUUUUGGAGGAAUAGAUAGGAAUAAUGAGGUUGGAGAAAUAUCUUCUACUCUGAAGGAAGACUCAGAUGAUAUUGAUGCAUUGCUGAGCUUGGAAGAGGAAGAACAAGAGGAGUACGAUGAGGAAGAGCUAAGCACUGCACGAACUUAUGGAAAUUAUGGAAGCUCAUCCCCCGAAUCUUGUUCCAAUUAUGGUUCAAGGACCAAGAAGAAUAGAUCAUCAUCUUCUAUUCAGAAGUCUUCUGGCAGUGGCAGUAGCAGCUGCAACAGCGAAAGAAAGCAACAGAAAAUGAAAAAAAUGAUGAAGGCAUUGCGAGGACUUGUACCUGGUGGUAAUGACAUGACUACUGUAAACGUCCUAGAUGAAGCUGUUCAGUACUUGAAGUCUCUCAAGGUUGAAGUGCAAAAGCAUGGAGUUAAAAAUUUUAAAAAUUAGGAUCUGAAUUAUGUCAUGGUAAUUGCGAUCAAACUCGCUUGUUUCUACCACUGCAGUUAUGGUUCUACUAUUCCCUUUUCGCUUUCUCUAUUUGUUUUUCUCUUCAGGUGGGCUUGACGAAGAUAAUAAUAUCCAGUGUUAGCGCUCUGAAAACUCCAGCAGUCAAGAGAGGUGUGUACUACUGUACUGAUCCGAGGCUGCUUAUGGUUGUUUUCCAUGUUGAAUAACGAAUCUCCAUUCGAUCAUCUUAGAUUCAAUCAUCUUUUACAAAGCAGGGAGACAUUACGUUAGGCUGGACUGAAGGAGUUGAUAUUUUCAUUUUGUAUUCUAUUCUAGUUUGCUAAAACAUAAAUUGCUAUUGUUGUGUGUUGCCACUACUCUUGACUGCUGCUGCUGCUGCUAUAUAAUUAUGCCUCUUUUUUUA